GGGUCAUCUGUCGGGGGGGCAGCAAAUCAAUCAAAUCUUAUUUUCACUCAUUAAUCUUAACAAGUUGCAUCAUCCUCUGAUGUUAAGGAAAAACUACAAAAAAAACUUUAAUGGGAGAAACUUCAGAAGUGUAACAUCAAUAAAUAACAAUAUCUAUAACAUGAAUGAGGAGGUGACUCCAUGAUUGAAGCUCAGCAGCAGGACUCUUGUUGGUGUGUUCCUCAGGACCAAAGAAGGCGGCGCUGUGAAGCUGUGGGACCAGGAGAUGAAGCGCUGCCGAGCCUUCCAGCUGGAGACGGGUCAGCCGGUGGAGAACGUCCGGUCCGUCUGCAGAGGGAAGGGAAAGAUCCUGGUGGGAACUAAAGAUGGAGAGAUCAUAGAGGUCGGAGAGAAGAACGCAGCCUCCAACACGAUGAUCAACGGACACACUCAGGGGGGAAUCUGGGGUUUGGCCACUCAUCCUUUCAAAGACGUCUUCAUCUCGGCCAGUGACGACGGGACCAUCAGGAUAUGGGACCUGGCUGACAAGAAACUUCUGAACAAGGUGAGUUUGGGUCAUCCUGCCAAGUGCACGUCCUACAGCCCCAACGGAGAGAUGGUUUCCAUCGGGAUGGAGAACGGGGAGUUCAUCGUCCUGCUCGUCAACUCCCUCACGGUCUGGGGCAAGAAGAGGGACCGCAGCGUGGCCAUCGAGGACAUAAGGUUCAGUCCAGAUAACCGGUUCUUGGCCGUGGGUUCAGUGGAAAGUGCUGUGGACUUUUACGACCUUUCUCUGGGGCCGUCCCUGAACCGGAUCGGAUACUGUAAGGACAUCCCCGGCUUCGUGAUCCAGAUCGACUUCUCUGCGGACAGCAAACACAUCCAGGUGUCCACCAGCACCUACACCAGGCAGGUGCAUGAAGUUCCCUCAGGGAAGAUGGUAACGGAGCAGUCCACCAUAGAGAGGAUCACCUGGGCGACCUGGACCAGCGUCCUGGGGGACGAGGUCCUCGGGGUCUGGCCUCGUAACGCGGAGAAGGCCGAUGUGACCUGUGCUUGUGUUUCCCACGCCGGCGUCAACCUGGUGACAGGAGACGACUUCGGCCUCAUCAAGCUCUUUGACUUCCCCUGCUCCGAAAAAUUUGGGAAACACAAGCGCUACUUCGGUCACUCUGCUCAUGUGACCAACAUCCGCUUCUCCUGUGACGACAAAUACGUGAUCAGUGCCGGAGGCAGCGACUGCAGUUUAUUUGUGUGGAAAUGUCAGUGAGUGUGGACGUGGUCUUCUCUCGUGAGACUGGAUUCACCUGAG